AUGGAAUUGACGACACGAGGUGGGUCUACCGCUCUCUAUUUGGCGGCCUACAUCGGGGAUGAUAAGACGGUACGUAGUGCGGCUGCUACUAGAGAGAGACGCCGAUGUCGAGGCGGAAACUUAAUGGUAUGGAGAGGACGCGAUGACGUCGGCGACGGUGCUGGUGUUGAUUACAAUGGUAAUGUGCUUGGGGCCGCCAAGAGCUCGUCGCCGACCUCUAGGCGGAAGAACCACAUAGCUGGACGGCGCGACAGCUUGCCGCUUCUGGUUGCGCAUGGCCAAUUUCCACAGCUUGCUAUCUUUCAUUAUGAAGCCUACGGCAUCGAUCUUGCCUGCAAGACGUUGACAGUCACUCCGGUACUUUCGAACAAGUUCUUCUCCCAGAGCCUCCUCAUACCCUCGCAAUUCCCGCUCGAGGAUUUAGGACCGAAUGCCUUCUCUUUCCCUCACUUCGCCUGCUCGAACAUCUCCCCCGUCGCCUUGGUUGCCGCUCAUUCUGAUGGCCCAUUCUCCAGCACACGAACUAUUCGGGCCAUUGAAUUGAAUUCAAUAGUAACGCUAGUCCAAGUCGCUGCCGCACGUGUCUCACGCGAUACCAUUCCCAUGUACUGCGCCAUUCACUCAUUAGGACUAGCUCCUUUCUUACCUUACAAUACACUGGUUCAAUUCACCUUGUCUGAAUCUCAAUACCUUCUCAUGCGAGAGUCGCAAGCCCGUCCACACCGUGAGAGUCUCGAGUGGCGUGGUUGCCGUAAUGGAAAGGCUCUUUGCGAUCAUGCUCGGACGGGAUACUAUUCCUCUUCCAUAAAGCUCAUCGCCUGUAACGUAGCUCACAAACGAGUCGCGAACCUCACCCACAUUGCACACCUUUGCACGCGAUACGUUAUCGAAUUUCAUCUAUCUCUGAAUGGCCAAACGUUCGCCCAUUGCUCUCGCUCUUCGGGGGUGUUUGAUUCUGCAUCCGGAAACCUCUCCUUAGCUUUCUCUAUUUUCUCGGACGUCAUGCUAUACUCCUCCGGCGAAACUACUCCAUCCCACCCUGUGUAUGCACCGACUUCUUUGAUCACCCGCGCCUUCCGCUUUAUGUCCUUUACCCAUCUAGCUAACUCGCCUUUCUGCUUCGAAAGCUUAUUGAGUAGACGAGAGGACAAGUUUUCCAUAUUGCCGGUUCUGCGAGCUGCGAUAAUAAGCUCUGAAUAUAGGCUUCAACAUCAUCAAAGAUAG